CCGACCAAACCAAGAAGACAAAGAGAAAAAAUCAAAGGAAAUUACACAAUCCGAGAGAGAGGAAAGCUAGGGUUUUCGCCAUGGCCGCCGCCCACCUCGAGCUCCUCCUCCACCCCUCCAAUCCCAAUCUCUCCUAGGGCAACGCGGAUUCCCGCAUCCGCGACAAAGGAGCCGCCUUUCCUUUCCGCCUGCUCCCUCUCUUCCAUCCCAGGGUUUCCUUUCCCCUUUCCCUUUCCGCCCUCGAAGCCGCCGCAUCGCAUCGCAUCCCGCCGCAGACCGACCGAGCAAGCAAGCGACCCGCUUUUGCCAUCAGGUAGGUGGUGAGAUUCGGAGGGAGGCGCUGGCGAUCGACCUCCGGGUGAGGGCCUCGGCGGCGGCGGCGGCGGCGGUCGGAUAAUGUGUAUACUGUGCGCCGUGCAACGGUGGUCGCGGCGCGUCGCCACCAUGCUGCCGUGGCUCGUCCUCCCGCUCAUCCUCCUCUGGGCGCUCUCCCAGCUCCUGCCCGCCGCCUACCGCUUCGAGGUCACCUCCCCGCGCCUCGCCUGCGUCUCCGUCCUCCUCCUCACCCUCUUCUGGUACGAGAUUCUCCUCCCACGCCUCUCGCUCUGGCGCGCACGCCGCUCGGCGCGCCUCCGCGAGGAGCGCCGCACCCACGCCCUGGAGCUCCAGAAGCUCCGCAAGACCGCCACACGCCGUUGCCGCAACUGCAACAAUCCCUACAGGGAUCAGAACCCCGGUGGUGGCAAGUUCAUGUGUUCCUACUGCGGCCAUGUAUCCAAGCGCCCUGUGCUUGACCUUGGCCCUGCAGGGAAGGUGCCGGCUGGGUGGCCUUGCAGCCAGGAUUGGGCCAAUGCUGUUGGCGACCCAGGUUACUGGCUUGACCUGCAGUGCUCCACCGACAACUCAUACUCUGGAUUCUCAUGGCGUCUCUUCUCAUGCUUUUGCGCGAGCAUGGCAUGGUUCUGGAAGAAAGUGUUUAGGUUUGGGUCAUCAGGGGAUAGCGGUGGUUUGAGCCGGGAUGGCAGAGUGCUGACAAAAGGAGGCGAGAAUGGAGCGAAUUCUGAGGAGAGCAGAGUCGACAAGGCGAAAAGGAAGGCUGAGGAGAAGAGGUUGGCUAGGCUGGAGAAGGAAAUGCUGGAGGAGGAGGAAAAGAAGCAGCGGGAAGAGAUGGCGAAAUUGGUGGAGGAGCGAAGAAAGCUGAGGGAUGAGAAAGCAGAGGCUGAAGAAAGAUCCAAAGGCGCUAGCCCCGUUGGGGAGAAGGAUGCUAGGAAGGAAGCAGAACGGAGGCGGCAGGAGAGAAAGAGGAAGGAAGACAAGGGAUCAAGCAAGAGCAAUUCAGAUUGCGAGGAUGUUGACAGAAGAGUAAGCAGAGACGGUGAGAUGAAGCGCGGCUCCGGUAGAAGGAAUGAGACAGACAGGCGGGAUGCAACAAGAGGUUGGACAGAGGGAUAUAAACCCCAUAACUCUGAAGCUAACAGUCCGGGUAGUAAGAUAGUACAAAACAGGACAAAGUACUUUGGCCGAAUGGCUGGAGGUUUCGGCGGUGGUUCCUUUUUUGGUAGAAGUGCUCAGGCCCCUGUCCCUCAAGCUAACAAGGUGACUAAACCGCUUGUUACUGCAACUGAACAGAGUAAUGCAGUCAAAAGAGAUACCCAAUCUGCAGCAACACCAGCAAUGGUCAAAUCUGCUCCAGCCGGAGAAACUAAAAAUUCGUGGACUAAUCUUCAUCAACCUGUUAGUACAAAUAUGCAGGGACAUCCAACAGGCGUUAAAAAGUCAUGGCAUCAGCUGUUUAGUCGCUCAGCAUCAGUUUCCCCUUACCCCACUGUUACUGCUUCAGCUCGCGAAAUGAACUUGCUGCCUGAACCAAAUGGAGCACAAAUAAAUAGUGCUCAAAAUUUUCUGGCUCAGUAUCCUCCUCUGGACAGCAAGUUAAGCCAAUCCAUGCACUCUACAGGGUUUCUGCCAGUGAAUGGAGAACCUGCUAACAUUCCACUAUCUCAUUCCCCAGCUGGACACUUGCCCUUCUUUAAAGAGGCCGAAGCAGCAUUACUGGAAGAACCAGAGCAAUUUGAGGAUCCAUGCUAUGAUCCUGAUGCCAUCGCAUUGCUUGGGCCAGUUUCAGAGUCUCUUGACAACUUUCCUCCAGACUGGGAUAGUAGGUUCGUCUUGAAUGAUAUCCCUAAAGAACCACAUGUUAGGAACCCCAUGCCUUCACCAAUUGAGUGUCCUCUAUCACGAUUACGGACUGUUGAAGAAAAUCCUAUCAAAUCCUCACAUUUCUCAACUGCAAAAGGGCAUAAUGGUUCCGUGUCAACUGAGGCUACCAAUGAGCAAGGCACAUGGCAGAUGUGGAGCACACCAUUGGUUCAGGACAGUUUAGGCCUGCGAGGUCCUCAGGCACAGUGGUUUCUACCAAAUACGAAUCAACCCAACCAUGGUACAAAUCAACUUAACCAUGGUGUCAAUCGAUUGGGUGGUGGAACAAGAAGCCCCCUUGGUGCUGGUUUGGAUGACAAUGGUUUAUGGCUGCAGAGAUCACCCUUCCAGCAAUUGCCCCUUGAUACAGAGAGUCUGUUCCUUUCACACAACGUGUCAGAAAAUGCUAUACACAAUGACUUUGGUUUUGGAUCUCCAAACAAAGCAGCCCGUGUGCACCCCUUUGGGUCACCUGAUCCUGGUCAUUCUUGGUCCAAUGAGGAACUGGUGCUGAAUGGACCCCAGGUACCUGGCCAAAUCUGUUCACCGACUGGAGUGCAUACUGGUUUGUUUCCAACUAGUCCCGAUGUACAAUCAGUUUGGUCGUUCGAUAAGAAAAGAGACAACAUAGAAGUUAUAAAAUGAUACGCCUGAAGCAAGGCUCCCUCCUUCCAAUUAGGGAGUUGCGGAGAUAUCUUGGACUGUAUUAUUCCCUUAUGCUAAAAAGAAACAUGGCCAUCUUAUUUAGUAAAUCACUCACCUCUUAACAUUAUGCCCAUGCAUCAAUGUCGGGCUUCUCACCUGACGCUCUUGUUUGGUUCAUAUUUUUGGUGGAUUAAAUACAAUGUGGUUCGGGAUCU